GCCGCCGGUUGCCCUCGGGAGAGUCGGGAAAAGUCUCCGGAGGCGCACAACUCGGACGUCGCUCUCUUUCCCGUGGUUCCCGUAUUUCACCCGUGUGUGUCCGUGAGCGCUCCCGUCUCUUCCCUACGAGGGACGUCCCGCCGGAGAGACACGCUCCGCUACCGCAUCUCUCCUUUCCCGAAUUCCCCAACGACUCCGACUCCAAAGAUGAGUGCCAGCUUCCCGGUGGUGCCCGCUCGUUGGCUGGCGGCUGCGCUGCUCGUGUGCUCGCUCGUGGCGCUGACGCAGCCCGGCGGCUGCGCGGCGCGCAACCUGCACAAGCGCUCCUUCCUCGAGCUCGGCUGCCGCGGCAACUUCGAGCAGUCGUACCUGGCGCGGCUGGAGCGCGUCUGCGAGGAGUGCUACCAGCUGUACCGGGAGCCGGAGGUCUACAACCUGUGCAGGGACAACUGCUUCAAGAACGAGAACUUCCUCAAGUGUGCCGAGGCCCUGCUUCUAAAAGAAGAGAUGGACAGUCUCAAGAGCAAGGUCGAUUACCUCUACAGCCGCUGAACGAGAGUGUAUAGAGAGAAGGGCCACUAUCGGCAAUCUAUUUUUGAUUUGUACAACACGCAAGCGCCAUCCGAGAGACAACCACCCAAUACCGCCCGGAAAUGCCACCACCAUCACCGCCACCACAUCACUAAGCGAAACAACGCCGCCUGUAUAACUACGAGACUGAACGACGACAGCUAACAGCUGCAGCGCCAUCUGCCUCGUAAAGGAACCGCUACAAAAUAUAUUUUGCUGAAGCCUCCACCCUCGCGAAAACACAACCCUUUGCCUGCUUCGGAAGCGCCCCCCAGCGCCGGGGAGAAGCAACACGUGGUCCGGUCACGUGACGUGACGACCACUAUAGCGCCACCUUGCGUCCUUCUGCGUCUGUGACAACGCUAUACUGCCUUUCUAUUCUCUAGGACGUUUCGCUUUAGCUUUGACUUAGUUCGAACGAAAUUUGAGUGCUCCAGUGCCUGCCAUUUAUUGUUAUACAAUAUUUAUUUUGUUGACGCACUUGUUUCUGCCGUGAUGGUGGCAGCUCGAAGCUGUAGAUAAAGAGAAAAGAUUAUAAUAUUGAGCUAAAAAAUCUAGUUGGUGCUUUUUAUGCUCUAUAUGCGUGUUAAUCGUUGUUUCGUUUGUUUAUGCCACGUUUUCCGACCCACAAUGUUCAAUAAAAACUGGAAAGCA